UGUGUGUGUGUGCGUGCGUGCACCUGUGUGGGCGCAUGCACGGACAGCACAGCUUUUUAGCUUUACCUGUUCAGACACUCUGUGGGGACGAAAGCAGCUGUCAUCUCCGCUGGCUUGACGAGACGAGACAUAAUCUGCGAAACGCUAUGAAACAGUGCAGCCCUCUGUGCUGAACUGACCGUGUUCCCUGAACUGCUGAGAACGUUUAUGCAUGGAAACAGGUCAAAGUUGGCCCAACUGAGACGAGCCGAGGCUGGAAGUGGAGACUUGGCUGGAGGGUGGACCACAGAGACAUAAAGAGGUCUUCACAGGUCUGCGGCCUGAGCAUCUAACUGUGCAAGUAUGAAUCCAAUGUGGAAAGUUUACAAGAGCAAAGUGCUGAAGACUCUCAACCCUGAGUAUGAGGAGGGCACUGCUGAUGAGGUCACAGAAGUGGGGAAUGAUGUGAGUCCAGUGCAAGAGGAUGAAGGACCCAACGCAGUAUCCCAGCUGGCCAAGAAAAUGCAGGGGGCCGGGACUAAAAGCUGGAACAGACUAUCAUCUCUCUUCAACAAAGACGAUGAACACCAGCUUCUCGAGGAGACUGAAAGCCCUCCAGUCGCCGACCAUCCACUUGCAGUAAAGCCGGAGGAGCCUCCCCCUCGACCCACUAAGCGCACAGCAUUCUGGGAUAGCUUUGCAGCCAACUGGGCUGCCAAGAAGCAGGCGGAAGCUGCAGCCGCUGCUGCUGCAGCGAACGAGGCGGCAGCAGCAGGUCAGGGUGAGGAGGGGGCGACACAGGCCGGAGGGGAGGAGAGCCAGGAUGGGCAGAUCCCUCAGGGAGAGGGGAGUGAAGGAGGAGGAGGCGGCGGAGGAGAACAGAGCAGCAACAACAGCUUCUCCAAAUAUGUCUCCCUGGGAGGAGGAAGUGAGAACGCAUCAUUCAAGUGGAACUUUGUCACCAGCAAGCUGGCAGAGCUGAAGACCAAGAGCAACUAGCUGCAGUGAUGAAGGAAUGUGGCGAAUAUAAACAAUAUGAUGAAGGAGUUAUGUAGAUGAGUGUGCAGAAAGUUUGAGAAAGAGGCUAUAUUUUACACAGGAUGUCCUGAAAACAAACUCCGCAGCUAUUGUGAAAGUCCCUUUUUAUCUGAACUACUGAACUCAUGUUCGGGCUCCAUAAAUGUCUUUUUACAACCAGCAAGAAACAUUCUAAUAAAUCAGUUUUUUAUAACCGUGACCCCUCAAGGAGGAAUACUAUUAUGUAUGAUGAAAAAUAAAAACUCCUCUGUCCCUGUGAGACACAAAGUUAGGUCCUGGAUUUACUCUGUAAUAUACUUAUUGAAACCUCUAUUCCAGUAUGAAAUAACAAUAAAUUUACUUCACAAAGGGGACUUCAACAAUGGCUUGUAUGACAAGAGAGUUGCAUAAAUUGAUGAAAUUGUUAUUAUUACUUGGAGAUAAGGGGGAAGUACAAUGCAAAUCUGCCUCCAGAGUUUAUAGGUGCCUCUUUACCCAUUUGAGAUGCAUCAUGUAGCCGACAGUAGUGUGGUAGAGGUAUAUACAACAGAGUUAUUACUUUAUCCAGAGUUUAACCUGGUAUAUUGGCAGCAGAAUACAACCUACUCUCUUGGAUUUGUAUGGUGACUUUCCUUAAGUGCUUUUUAAACCACAAAAAGGCGCCCUCACACCUGUCAGCAAACUCGAUCUAAUCUGUCGUUUAGCAAAAACCAGAUUAAGAGAUUAAAGGCUGUGAUAGCAGGAUUAGUUCAGGAUUAUCUCACUUAACCUGCACAGAGGGCAGGGGAUUUCUGUGAAGAGAUUUGGCAGAGUGACACAAAUAUUACAUAAUAUUUAUAAACCAUUUUUUUCCUCUCCUCGGACGUCAGGGAAAAAGUGUUGCACAACUAAAUGAAAUGUGUGAAAUGUGUGUCAGGUCAGGUGCGCUGACAUUGAUGACUUAUCUGACUUUAAUUUUCUGAUUGUGACUGAGACUGUGCAAAGUGUGAGUUUUUAACAUUCCUAAUUUUGUGACAUAA